CCUCCCCGCUGGGUAUCAGUGUGUGUGUGUGUGGGGCAGGCGGGCUGGCUCCGGGGCAGAUGCGCAGACCUCCCGAGUCUCUUCUCGCUGAGGAUGAUGGAGCCGGUGAGUUCAGACCCCGAUCCCUUCCCGCCGCGCCACGACACUGAAGGCAGCGUCCGCAAGGGAUGCGACCCCUUUGCCCAGUCCCAGCGGAGUAAACUCCAGCACCGCCGGGCGCGGAUCAACCAGCAAAUCAACAAGGAGAUCAGGAUGAGGGCCGGAGCCGAAAACCUCUUCCGCGCCACUACCAACCACAAAGUGAAGGAGACGGUCGCCCUGGAGCUGAGCUACGUCAACUCCAACCUUCAGCUCCUCAAGGAGGAACUCGCUGAGCUCAACAGCUCUGUGGAGAUCUACCAGAACGACAGCGGCAUAAUCAGCGUCCCGAUGAUACCCUUAGGAUUAAAGGAGACGAAGGAGCUGGAUGUCACCGAGCAGCUGAAGGAUUUCAUCAGCAGUCACUACGGUGAAGAUCCUCACGUCUACGAAAAGGAGAUCCGGGAAUUCAACCACCUGCGCCAGGCUAUGAGGACCCCGAGCCGCAGCGAGGCCGGACUGGAGCUUCUCAUGGAGUAUUACAAUCAGCUGUACUUCUUGGAUAACCGAUUCGUCCCACCCAACGGAAACCUGGGUGUCUACUUUCACUGGUACGAUUCUCUCACCGGGGUCCCUUCCUGCCAGAGGGCCCUGGCCUUCGAGAAAGGCAGCGUGUUAUUCAACAUGGGAGCCCUGCACACCCAGAUGGGGGCCAGAGAGGACAGGCUGUCGGUGGAAGGAGUGGAGACGGCCAUCGAGGCGUUUCAGAAAGCUGCCGGGUGUUUUAACUACUUGAAAGAAAACUUUUCCAACGCGCCGAGCCUAGACAUGAGCGCAGCCUCGCUGAGCAUGCUGGUCCGGCUGAUGGUCGCGCAGGUUCAGGAGUGCAUCUUUGAGAAGUUUGCCCUGGAGAACACGCGGAGCACGUUCCUGAGCGAGCUGCGGAUGGCACAAGAAGCUGCGGUGGUGGAAGACGUGUACACCCUGGUGUACAGGACCAUGACUCACCCUCCCGUUAAGGACUACGUCCCUUUCUCGUGGACCACCAUGGUGCGAGUCAAAGCCGAGCACUUCAAAGCACUUUCGCACUUUCACGCGGCCAACGCGCUCUGUGACUUCACCACUGUGGAGUCGGAAAUGAGCGAACACGAGAAAGCCUUUCUUCAGUUCCACGUGACGGCUCCGGAGGGUCCGUCUGUCCCGUUUUUAUUGCAAGACCUUGAGGAACGGCGGAAACUAGGUAAGGCCCAUUUGAAGAAGGCCGUUAUGAAGCACGAGGAGGCGAUGAGGAUCCACGGCCUGUGCAAGAUUCUGCGCAAGAUGGACAUUUUGCAGGAAGUCCUCUCCUCGGCUCACAAGAGGUCCCUGGGAAAAUACUCGGACAUCGACCACGAGGAGGACUUCUUCGAGACGGGGGACGCGCCGGACAUCGAGCCAAAAACCGAGCAGAGGCCGGAGAUAAAAAUGCCGGUUUUCUCGAAGCUGAAGGUGAAGGACGUUUUCCAUCGCCUGGGCCCUCUGUCCGUCUUCUCCGCAAAACACAAGUGGCGCUCGGCGCAGAAGGUUCGCCUGGAGAGGGGUGACGGAGGCUUUGGGUUCACCUUGCGGGGGGACUCGCCUGUCCUUAUCGCCGCGGUGGUCCCUGGAGGCUGUGCCGCUGUUGCCGGGGUGAAAGAAGGAUCCUACAUCGUCUCUGUGAACGGGGAGGACUGUCGCUGGUCGAAACACUCAGAAGUUGUCCAGAUGCUUAAAAACAUCGGCAAAGAUGGCGCGGACAUUGAAGUGGUGACUUUCCUCAGCCCCGACCCGCAGAGCACGGUGGUGGACAAGAAGGAUUCUAUGCUGACGUCUAGCGAGAUCCUCGACGGUAACAAGGAGAACAACCGAAAAUCCGCCCUCGGCGCCAAGUGUACCGGCACGCUAUUAAUCUGGAACAGGAAGAACAAGUCCCGUAAAAAGGACCCAAAUAACGACGCAUUUCAGCUGCCGUUCAGUGCCGUCCAGAACAGCGAGUCCUUGUACUGAGGGACGGGAGGUCCGCGUGGAAGGCAAAGCCCACCAGUCUUGUCUCUUGUGCGAGACGUCCGCCGGGGGGGGCCACCAAGCGAGGCGGCACCCGGUGUAGAAAUCUACCCUCGUAGAAAUGGAGUAGGAGCCGUAAGCUUUAGGAAGCCUUGAGAGAUGCCUGCUCUGGAGGUGCUCGGACCUCGUGGAGAUCGGCGGUGGAAUCGUCUCGACCGGUGGAACUGCAUCUUCUGAGACGGAGCUGCCCGAUUUCCCGUUUUGGGAGAUUUUUGCUCGUUAGUUGUUGCUGUAUAUAAAUGUUACUAAUUAUUUAUGUCUGUGUGUCGUUAGGAGCUCUGUGACAGGCUCGGUACUGUUGACCCGUACGCGCCAUGUUUGCGUCCGACGUGGCGUCUUGGCUCCAACCCAUGUUGGAUAUCGAGCGGUGAAAUGUAUCAUUUCAUUCUGUGUAAUGUGACUACUCGGGGUGGGGGAAGGGCAGACAUCUCGACUAAUCUGAUUAUUUUGGAAGGUAAUCGGAGGCUUCGUGGAUUCAGCUUGAAGUGGAUGGAUCCGGCCAGAUCUUCCCCCGGAAAGUGUAGGAAAUCAGGAAAAAAUAAAUAAAUAAAAUGUAAUUGGUUCU